CCCUAUCCAUACACGGUCGCGCGCACACACACCACCACCACGCGCUCGAACCGGAGCCUCGAAGGUGCCGCAAUUUUCCAUCGACGUUCACUGUUCUUCGAUAAGUUGUCCGACCGCAUUGUAAAAUCCUUCGGAGGUACCAGAUCGUCAAUACCGAUACAAAAAACAGCUUCAAAAUGUUCGUCUCGUCAGCUGCUCGUAUUGCCCCAGUCGCCCGCAACCUGGUCCUCAAUGGAACCAAAGCCUACCUCCGACCAUUGAGCUCCGCCGUCAUCAGCCAGAGCCAGACCUUGGCCGCCCAGAACAGCACCCCAGUUGCUCUGCUGCCACAGGUUCGGUCAUUCCAGACUUCCCAGGUCAGCCGUGAUAUCGAUUCGGCCGCGAAGUUCAUCGGUGCUGGUGCCGCCACCGUCGGUGUCGCUGGAUCUGGUGCCGGUAUCGGAACAGUAUUCGGUUCCCUCAUCAUCGGCUACGCCAGAAACCCAUCGCUCAAGCAGCAGCUGUUCUCGUACGCUAUCCUGGGAUUCGCCCUGUCCGAAGCCAUGGGUCUGUUCUGUUUGAUGAUGGCCUUCCUGCUGCUCUUCGCUUUCUAAGCAACCAUCUUCUUUAAAAAUAAACAGCGUAUAAGAAAAAAAAAAACAAAAAUCUUUUUAAAGUAACAUCAAUAUAAAAAAAAAUCCGUAAAAGUAAAACUUUGAGAAAUGUGUGUUGCUGUCUAACAACUUCGAGAGAAUUUUCCUCCGAGAGGUGCGAACCAUCACAAACACCAUCAAGCUCGCAAAAGUCGCAAAGGUGGGGGGCGCCGUUCUGCAAUAAUAAUUAUUGCGAGCGGUGCCUUUUCAAGCAAGAAGCAAAGCAAGCAAAAGCAUAGAGAGAGAUUGAUUAGGAAUUACCAAUUAUACCGACCUGCCAUCGAAUAUCAAACUUAGAUCCUGUUGCGACGACCGUCGAAGACUAGCCAUGAAAAAAUUAUGCCGGAAAAGCGAAGGAAGUAUUAGCGAACGCGUUCGUCGUUCCCCUUGCCGUUAAUCCGAGCGUGCUGUGCAUUCCGUUAAUUAUUUCAUGGGUAUUCCCAAGCGAACCUCCGAAGAUCAACAUAAGAAAAACAAACAACUAAAAAUCGUGAAAAAGUUAGGACAAAAAAAGUAAAGCGAAGACGCUUCAAGGCUCUAGACGUUCGAACCGAAACCGAAACUGCUGAGAAGUGAGGAAGGAUUUGGGCAAUCCAGAACAUCGAAAAGGGAUCUCUAAUAACAACAACUACAACUUCGAGAAAGCAGUCACCUCCACGGACGUGGCCGGUGCAUCAGGAAAGCGAACAACCGACAGAGGUCCAACGCCCUGGCGAAAACCCCCCACAACCACUCGAAUCGCUCGGAACGCUUAAUUUGGGAGGAUUACGUUUCGCGGCUUUCGCAUUCGAGACGGUGUGGUGGGAUGAACAAUAACCUAUUGUUUAACCGCCGGUCGCAGUAGGCCUCCCCGGUUGUUACAUCUGGUGUUGUUUGCGUGUAAAGAGAGAGAUAGGAACUGUGAUAAUAGGCCACCGAACAACGCUCACUCAAUCGCUUUCGUCGCUGCGUCCGUGGAGUGUUUCCAACUACAAUGAACAUCAACUUACUACACUAUCUUAAUCGCGUAAAUUAAAGAUAUAGGAAAACGAAAACAUACACUACAACAAAAUUCGUUCUGCUUUUCAAACAAAUUACCAACAAACCAUCGCCAGGGUAAUUGUAAAAUAAGAAUCGUUAAUAAAUAAAAAAUGAAGACUAGUUACUGGUACAAAAACCGAGGAUAAGAAAA